ACACUGACAUUUUAUGUAAUACAUGCGAAUGUUUCGAGACAGGAAUAAAGCGGUCCCGUCCACAAAUCGGUCAGACUCUCACUGAUUUUAGAUUUGUUCGGACGUGCCAAUUUCACCUGAAAGUUAGCAACCACUGUAAUAAUGAAUAGCAAGAAAAAGAAUAAAAACCGUCAAAGUAAACCACCUAAUCCAAUCCCUCCUCAGGAACAAGAGUUGAGUGAACCCUCGAGUCCAUUAGAUGUGACAAAUGCUGAAAUUGAGAGUGUUGUCGAAGAACGUGUGCCUAAUAUUGUAAGUGAAAAUGCUUCCGCAGAAGUAAAAGAAACUGAAGAAACUCCUAAGAAGCCUAAAAGAAACAGAGGUAAAAAGAAAAUUGAUGACGAUAAGAGUGUUAAAGAAGACGAAGUUAAGAGUGAAGAGCUUGUCGUAGGAACUGAAAUACAACCGGUUAAUGAGUCAUUAGAUGAAUCCAAUAUAGCCCCAACUGUGCGUAAAAAGAAAAAUAAAAAUAAAAAGGGACAGGCAUCCACCCAAGGAGAAAAAGUAGAAGAAAUUAAAGUUGAUAAGGAUGCUCAAAUUGAUGAGAGUAUUGGUCAGACAAAGAAUCUAGAACAAAGUAAAGUAAAGGAGGAACCAGAGCAAGAAAUUAGGUCAGCGAAGAAAAAGAAUAAAAAGAAGAAAAGCCGCAAUGACUCUGAAAGAUCCGACAAAGCAGAAGAAGUGUCUUGUACGUCUGUAUUCCAAAAGUUAUUGUCUGAAAGUGCAAAAGUUGAAGCUACCACACUACCCAUUACAAAAGACACCAGUGUUCCAGAAGCUGCCAUCAAGGAAGUAGAAAUAUCACCACAGGCUUUUAUACCAUCUGAUAGUGUUUUAAAAGAAACACCGCAAAAAGAUGAAGGUAACAAAAACAAGAAAAAGAAUAAAAAAGAUAAAAAACCACAUGCAGUUCCUGAUGCAAACACUCAAGAGUCUCAUGAAAUAGAAAAUGUUGUCAUUUCAAGUAACGUCUCUGAAACGAGUAGUGAAAAAAUUGUAAAAGAAACCCCAGAGUAUCAAGAAAGUGACGAAACAAUGCCCUCUUGUUCUACAGCAGGUGAAAAAAACAGUUUAAAAAAUAAACCGAAAAUUGCAAAACCAGUCGGAAAAAAGAAGCAAGAAAAAGGUAAUGAAAAUAUUGAAAAAGUCGUAAUUGAAGAAGUGAAAGUUACUCAAAUGGAAUCUAGAGAAGAAACAACAAUUGCCGACGUUUUACCAAUAGAAGAAUUAGAUGAUGUAAUACUUGUGCCUCUAACGGAUAUUGCACCAGACUGGCAAGAAGAAGUGAAAAUAGAAGAAGGCAAUGGACCAGUCAUCGGCUGUGAAGAUAAACAUGACACAAUAGAUCUUGAACUUGAAUGUCUAAGCCACGAGAAUAAUACAAAUAGGAAAACCUCUCCAAAACCUUCGCGAAGAACUGAAACAAUAAGAUCUGAUGGUAAAUCUGAAUCCGAAAUAAGUAGCACCUCUACAGAGACGACAGUAGAAAAACCUGCCGUGAAUACGGACUUAAAAGUUGUUAAUACUUCAGAAGAAAAGGUAGGCCACCAAGAAAAUAAAUCGAAAAAUAUUGAAGUCAAGGAUGAAAACAAAAAAAGGGAUAAAAGAAAGAAAUCUCCUAGACCUACAACGCAUAUUGAAAGGGUGCCAGAAAUCGGCAUCUCAGCUGCAACCUUAUGUGCAAUGUCUAAAUCUGUAGAAAUAAGUAGUAAGUCGCUCGAACAAACAGGCGAUUUAUUCGAAGAAAAACAAGAUGAAUCCAAGAUGUCACUAAUAGAAUCUGGAAAGAUAGAAGUUUCUGGUAACGAUAAAAAUAAAUCUACAAACACAUCAAGUAAAGAUGAGAAGGCAACGAGUUCUGCGAAAAAGGAAGAUAUUGUACAAUCUGAAUUAACUCCUGUCGGCGGGCCAAUGUUACCAGCAGCAACCAGCCUUGAUACAGUUAGGAUGCAAACUGAAAUGCUUUUCGAAGUUGUUCAAGAUGAGAAAAAGGCGACAGAGAAAGAUGAAGUGGGACGCGUUAAUACUCCUGAUAAUUUAAAGCAUCACAAAAGAAAUAAGUCACCAAAACCUAUUAGCGUUGCCUCGGGCUCUAAGAGCUCUCAAAAACAGAAGAAAAAUACUUUAAAUAUCGAUGAUAUCAUAAUUAUUCAAGCUGAGGUUGUGAGUGAAGAAAAGGCUCAAAAGUUCAGUGACUCUUUUAUCGCAAGUGAAGAAAACACUGAUAAAAAUGACACUAUAAAAGCAGAUGUUAAACAUGGAUGUGAAAAGCCUAAAAAGAGGAAAAAAUCUCCUAAACCUUCUCAACAGGCUUUUACACAAGAAAUGAAAUGUACUACUGAAAAAGACUGCGUUUUAGAAACUCAGGGAGAAGUACAAACGCCUGUAACUCCUAAGCCACUAGAUGUGAACUUAUUACCAGAAACUUUUGCUGUUGAGCUAGAGACACCAAAAAGCGAUUCAUUGCCUUCACCUAACGAAGUCACACCUGACUUUAUAGAACAUCCACGAUGCUCAAGCGAGCAACUUGACAGUAACAACAAUAUGGUUAUUCAAGAAAUUCAAAAUUCAGAUGGGAAUUUGAGUGUACCUGUCAUAAUACCCGAAACUCCGUUUAUACAAAGUACUAAUAUCAGCAGUCCAGAAUUGGUAUCAAGCGGAAUCAGAGUGAUAGGUACGGAAUCUGACAAUAAACCCCUUGAAGAAAAAACUGACCUUAAAUCCAAAGUCUUGGAAGUAAAUAAAGAUAUGGAGGAAUUAAGAAUGUCUAUUGAAAGGUCAUUAGCGGAACUGACAUCAUUAGAAAAAAGUGAUAAAGAUGCUGAAAAGGACGUGGAAAAACAGAAUAAAGAAAAAGAUGAAAUGAUUAAAAGUUUUAAUCUCAAGCAAGAAAUAUUUAUAGUUGAAAAUCGGCCUGCUUUAGAAAUGCUUGCGGUAAGGAAAGAAGAUUGUAAAGAUGCCGAAGAAGAAGUAACCACAUGUAAACAACCUGUUUGCCCUGCAAGGAAGGACCACAAAGGAAAAGGAAAAUCUAAGAAGAAAAGUAAACAAGAAUCGACGAUACAAAGCACAUCAGCACAGUCACCCACGAAUACUACGGCAACUGAAAAGUCAUCACAACCUGAAAAUAAAAACGAAGAAGCUAAUAAAACAGAACAAUCAUCUAGUAAUACACAAGGAAAAGAAAAGCAACAGGCUAGUGAAACCAAAGGUAAUAAGGAUGACGAUUUAAUGGUGAGUGAAAAUAUUGGGAAAAAUUAUCAAAUUGAAUUCCAACCUAUUGAAAAUUUUGAAGAUGCAAUGACUUCCAGUGUUGACGAUGUAAAUAAAACGUUUGAAAUUAUUGCCACCGAAGCUAAUUCCAGAUUGAAUGAAACUCAAAACAAUCCAGAGAUCAACGUCACAGCGCCACAAGAGGACGAUAAAAAAAGUAGACAAGAAAAACAAAAUCCUAUUUCGCCGCCAAAAAACUUGUUAGGCCACCCCGACAUUCCUGUGCCAUCGAGUAGAACCGACUAUAAAAAAGAAAAGAAUAAAACGCCAAAUUGCACACAAGCUAAAGUUAAAAUAAAAGACGCAAAUCAAGUAGAAAUACAAAUUCCGAAAAAAUUUAAAGAGUCUCAGGCAGAGUCUAAAAGUAAACUCUUGAACUUUAAAAAACCCGAUGAAUCAAUAAGUGUGACUAAUCAAAAUGAAGAUUACAUUUAUAAGUACAGCUUUCGCAAAGUGUUUCUACAAUGUGCGUGUCACGUCUGCAAAAAGGAUUUGAAAGCGACGAGAGUUCCAUGUAGCUAUUGCAAUUUAAUUUUCUAUUGCAACCAGAAACAUAAAGACGAAGACUACUCUCAGCAUCAAGCAUUGUGCUUUGCCGUUUCGACAAUAGUGCAUUUGAAAGACCAAAAGUUUAUCUACGCCGACUCGCGCAACGUGACUGGUCACAACUACCGUCUGCUGCGCAUGCAGAUGAUCGUGUCAUGCGAGAAGGUGCUUAAGCGCAGACUAGUACCGUGGGAGCAAGAAGCCCUGUUGUACCCCAGGAUGUGUGCUCUCGCUAGUUGCAGGGAGUGGAGACAAGGGAAACUGGUGGAUUGUGAGGGGUGCGGGCAGACAUUGUUAUACCGCAAUAUAUCGUAUUGCUCGGAACAUCCAGACCAUCUUUCUAAGAGUCACUCCCGUUGGUGUAAGUCCUAUAACCUGUAUCGUGGGCUGGUAAAGCACCAACAAACGAAAGGCCGCCUGGAACCAAAACUGCCUACGCGAGUGCUGGAGAUGAGUCCUCUACCGGAGAACAUCAAUGAAGUGUUGGCAGCGAUGUAUGAACAGAAGAUUGAUAUGAGCGAUAUAGAGUAUGCAGCGUUGACGCAGCUCGCGACCGCGCCACUCACCGCGCUCUUUUGUCUGCAGCACAGGGCCAACGCCGCUACUGGAAUCACUAAGAAAACUUUGACUCUUCACAUUGUGGGUGCAGAGCUUCAGUUCGAAGCCGACGUGCUUAACAAGUGGGAAGUAUUCCUGCUUCACCUGCUGCCUAACGUAGACGAAAUUAAGGUUGUGCUGGUAGGCCCGGACCUGAACCCUUCGAAUUUGCCACUGGACCUGCUUGGGAAGAUCAGAUACUGCGAAAACUGCCAAAGGAAUAAACGCCGAGUAGUAUUCGGCUUCCAGGACAAACGAACCUACCAUGAGUUCUGGGCGAGCGAUGACUUCACGGUGCCUGACUUGGUCUGUGCCUUCAACCCAAGCAUCCAGCGUUCUUCCGCAUACAACGGGAAGGACACCUGGCCUGCCACUAUAAAUUGCAUCCUUAAGCUGAAAUCUCCUUUAGCUAUCACCUCCUACACCCUUUCAGAGCUGACCAGUGACCUUCUUAGGGUCCAGGAAUGCGCUACAGUGCGCUACAAUGUCCUAUGCGCACCAAGAAAUAAUUGUUUUGCUAGCGUACGCCCAGAUAGGAACUUCAUCUCAGAUGAUGAAGCUCCUUUGUUGUUUAAGAAUUAUUGUGUUACCGUUGUAUGUGGUGCUUAGUGUGUUUUAAUCAAUAAAGUUGUUUGCGAUUUUGUGAGAUUUUUAUUAUUCAAAGUUUGUUAGUAAUUUUGUGAAACCUUUAUUUAAAUAAAACCUUUAAUGGGUUGUUAUUUCUACGCCUAGUAAUAAGCAAGGGUUAUGAUGGCUUGGACCAAAAUUAGAAGUAGCCUCUUAGUGUUCAUUAGCGAUUUUCUCAGAAUCCAGAAGUGUACUACCAAGUUUUGCGAGUCAAAAAAAAUUGUUUAUAAGCUUCCGACCCAGUAAGAACUUCAUUUGCGUUGAUGAAGCUCCUCAGUCGUCUAAAAAUCAUUACCUACAUUAGUAUGCUGUAUUUAAUUUGUUAUUAUUAAUAAAGUUGUUUUUGAUUU